UCGGGGAGUCAGUUCGCCAUUUUUACUCUGCUUCCAGAAAAAUUCGCUUGGUUGUUACUGCGGAAGUUCAAAAAACAUUGAAACGAUCUUAAUAGAUCAGAUAACCGCGAAAAUACAUCAAUGAACGAUGGCUGAAUAUCUGGCCUCCAUUUUUGGCACGGAAAAAGAUAAGGUCAACUGUUCGUUUUACUUCAAGAUUGGAGCAUGCCGUCAUGGGGAUCGUUGUUCGCGGAUUCAUAAUAAACCUACGUUCUCACAAACAUGUUUGUUACAGAAUUUGUAUGUGAAUCCUCAGAAUUCGGCUAAAUCUGCUGAUGGUAGUCAUUUGGUAGCGAACGUUUCGGAUGAAGAAAUGCAGGAACAUUACGACAAUUUCUUCGAGGACGUUUUCGUCGAAUGCGAGGACAAGUAUGGUGAAAUUGAAGAGAUGAAUGUUUGCGACAAUCUGGGAGAUCAUUUGGUUGGAAAUGUGUACAUAAAAUUCCGCCGCGAAGAAGAUGCUGAACGAGCGGCUAAAGAUCUUAACAACCGUUGGUUUGGAGGACGUCCUGUCUAUUCGGAACUUUCGCCGGUGACAGAUUUCCGCGAAGCUUGCUGUCGUCAGUACGAAAUGGGUGAAUGUACCCGUUCGGGAUUUUGCAACUUUAUGCAUCUGAAACCAAUUUCUCGCGAACUGCGAAGAUAUUUGUAUUCAAGACGGCGUGGACGUUCCAAAUCGCGCUCCCGUUCGCCAAAACGUGGAGGAGGAGGAGGAGGAGGUGGUGGAGGAGGUCGUGAUCGGUCUCCUCGUGAUCGUCGUCGAUCGAGAAGCCGUGACCGUAAGGGACCCGAACGUAACGAUAAUGGUCGCAAAGGAAGAUACUAAAACGACGAAAGGAUCCAAAUGGUCGGCAUUUUUUUUUUUGUGUUUCAUUGGUGAAGAAGUUUACCGAUUAUUUAAAAAUGUUUUGGAUACUAAACAUUAAUUCGUGGGUAAUCUGGAAAGAUUAUUUGUCCAUCAGCCUAGAUUAGGUCCGUUCAACGAUAAAAAUAUAACUAUUUCCAGGAUGUUUCAUUUAUCAGAUUUGUUAACAUGGCUCAGUAAAGCAGAAACGAGCAUGUAACUACAAUAAACAUUCAUUGAACAGAUCUAUUAUAAAGUAAUUUCACAAAACUCACAACAAUUGUAUGAUUUUACGGUACCUAAUAAUACUUUCUGAGAAGUAAA